AUGAACCCCUACAACCAGUGGCAGCAGCAGGGCAGCGGCACGCCCUCCAUCUUCGGUGCCCUCCCCUCCCCCACCUCGUCCAGCGCGAGCACGCCGCACGACGCCGCGACCUUCACGCUCACCAACUUCAAGACCACUGUCCUGAACUCGACCGUGUACGAUCCCAGCCGGCGCGAGGCUUACCGCAUCGUCACCGAAGCGAGCUCCCCCGCGUGCACCGUCGUCCAGAACAGCCAGGGCCGAAACAUCGCGAUGAUCAAAUGGCAGCCGCACGCGGUCGUCGAAGUGCGCGGAAUCGCCGCGGAGCAGCGCGUCCGCGACUGGCUCAAGCUCGCGUCCGACCAGAACCGCCGCAUCAUGGACAUCCGCGGCGUCCAGUACGCGUGGGCGCCGAUGGACGGCUUCAUCUGCAUGUACAAGGUCAGCUCGAGCGCGCCCCGCGUGCUCGCGCGCGUCGCGCGCAUGCCCAACUCGGUCGUGCUCGACGUGACGCAAGACGCCAUUCAGCAGGGCCUGCUCGAAUCCGCGCUCAUUGCCACCGUGCUCAUGACGUCCGGCCACUCCAUCGACUGA